UUUACAUUAUUUUGGCCUUCCUAACACAUAUUAUUAAUUUUCAGUAUAAUGUCAGGACGAGGCCGAAAUCGCCGUGGAAACCGCAGCCACCACCACAAUCAGAGCCACACAUUAUCCUCCGUGGCCAAAGAGACGGCCGAGUCUCUACCGGCAGAUAGUCCGGUGUUAGCACUGUUUAAAGCCACGGCGCAGAAGCUCACGGAUCGUCAGGACCGCCACGAGAGGCUCGUCAAACUUUCGAGGGAUAUCACCAUCGAGAGCAAGCGGAUUAUCUUUCUGCUACAUUCUUCUAUAACCAAAGAGUCUGCAGACAAAGUCAUCCAAGAGGCUAAGGAGCGAAUUCAGAAGCUGAUCCAAGGGCCCCUCAAGUAUAUUGGUUUAGAGCUAGAGAACAGCCCCGCACAUCUUCACGGGAGAGCUGUGACUGCAGGCUUUCAGGAGUUCAUAGAGGCAUGGACAUUCUUCACUCUCAUGGAACGGAAGGAGAUCAUAACUUGGAAGGACGUGCAGAGCCAACUUACAUAUAAGGUGGUUGAUAAGGACUCAGAGGAGGAGCGGACAGUAGUCACCAUGCUCACUUAUAAUGAUUAUAUGCUAGGUAUAGCAGAUCUAACAGGAGAACUGAUGAGGAAGGCCAUCAACAGCAUCUCCAGUGGCGACAGCGAAGAUUGUUUCUAUGCUUGUCAAGUCGUGCGCGAUCUGUACACAGGAUAUUGUGGUUUAUUCGGCGGCGGUCGCGAGCUCGCCCGCAAGGCGUCCACCACGCGCGCCAGCGUGGCCAAGGUGGAGGCCGCCGUCUACGCUCUUAAAGUGCGCGGCGGCGAGGCGCCUGCGCAGUUACUGCUGCCGGCGCCCGGCGAGUGGGAGAGGGAACAUGAAGAAGACGAAGGGUUUUACUAGUCUAACUUGUGUUCAGUUCGGCAGUCUAGCGUGAGCUAAUCCAACUUUAGACACAGCAUAAGGCCAGUAACGGGUUGGUAGAGCGAGUGGAGCGGCCGCUCUAGGCUCCAUAACUCCAUUUCGCUCUACCCUGGUUGAGUGUUCGGGCCGGCGCUGGCCAGUAAUAACACUAAUGACUCUUCUUAACAAACUGACUCCGCGCGGUAUGUAUGUAUGCGCGCCGUGUACGUACGCAACGCAUGUAAACGGGUAAGAAUGAACGAGAAUAAAUUCUCAUCCGCUUACAAGUAUUGUAUGUGUAUACAGCGCGCAUCGCAUACAUACGCACCGCGCGGAGUAAGUUUGUCAGAACAGUUACUUAUACUGUGCUUCAGAUGAAGACACAUUUGCGAGGCUCUUUGUAAGUUCAGUGUUUUAUAUGAGGUCCCACAAUAAUGACGAACAACUCAAUUUACAUUUAUUGCGAUUUGCAAUAUUUUGUUCUACUUGCGUAGAAUUUGUCUAUUCCUAAGAAAAUCAGUGUUUUUCAAAAUAUAGCCAGAAAUUUACCAUCACCUUAAUUGAAAUGAAUCUAAUGCUAUUUGGCAAAAGGUUAUAUGACUGAUACUGAAUUGUAUUUGUACUUAUUUGAAAUUACGGUUUAUUAAACUCUUUCAAAUUAAAAUAAUAAAAAAACACUAAAUAUCA